GGGUCCCAGCAAGCGGAGCAGUAGGAGCAGGAAGCGCGGGGGCCGAGCGGCUCGCUGGGUGCGGCGGCGCGGCUCCCUCAUGGAGCCCAACGUGCGCUUCUGGAUCACCGAACGUCACUCUUUCAUUCAGAGAUUUCUUCAGUGGACAGAAUUGUUGGAUCCUACAAAUUUGGUCGUUUCAAUUGAAAAAAUAGAGAAAUCAAGGCAACUAUUGUUAACAAAUGAAGAUGCAGCCAUCCGGGACUUGGAGAACCAAAGGAUAAAAGACGCCUGGAAGAGAAGUCUCUCAACAGUGCAUCCUGACAGCGGCAAACUGAUCCCUGUUCCAUUUCGCCCUGCAGCUUUCCUACCUUUCACGGCGCCCAUGGUAUUUUUCUCGAUGCUGUCGGUAAAAAGUCUGAAGUCCCUGAUUUUACCUCAGGUUUCCUUCUAUACCUACACUACGACGUUCAACAUGGUCAACGGGAAUGCAAGUUAUAAUCGUCGCCUAUAUGAGAGUCUGUUACUAGGGACAGGAGUGAUUGCCUCUUCUUCCUUUUUUGGAUUAUUUCCUGUUUUGUUCCAGAUGCGAGUGAAUCACGUUUUGUUGAAAAGAGCCCUUCCCAUCAUCAUUCUCACCCACGUUAGUGGAAUGAAUGUUGUUGCCACCCGAAGUCUGGAGCCCAUUCGAGGCAUUGAAGUCAUGGACAAAGAAGGCAAUGUCAUGGGCUAUUCCAGAAAAGCCGGAACAAAGGCCAUUAAAGAUACAGCGACGUCCAGGGUAGUACUGUUUGGGACCACCGCUUUCAUCCCUGAAGUUUUCUCACACUUUUUUGUAAGGACCCAGUUUUUCCGGCAGUAUCCAUGGUCAUUGUGGACCUUCAAGCUGUCUUGUACUGUCUUAGUGAUGGGACUGAUGGUGCCACUUUCUUUUAGUCUAUUUCCACAAAUGGGACGGAUACAGUGCAGUGAGCUCGAAAAGGAAAUUCAGUCUGUGACAGAAGAAACAGAACUCUUCUAUUACAGAGGGGUAUAAGGAUGCGUUUUCAGUGAAUUUGUUUGGUUCCUGCUUGAACACCUUCCUCACUGCUCGAGGUAUCCAUUUGGAGA